AUGAGCAUUCUUCAGGUGCUACCACUGCCAUCAUGUUGGUUAAAUCGAUCUUUUCAGUCGUCAAAAAAGUUUGCUAUUCCAAAAUCCACGACCACUGGCACUAGCACAACAGCUUCUACCACCACCAACUCGUCAUCAUCCUCAAGCAGCUCUUCGAGCUCGACCGUCUUCUCAUCCCUUGGAGACCUUAUCAAGCUCCUCCCAGCAGGGACGGUUUUCCUCUUCCAAUACCUCAAUCCAAUCACGACCAACAAUGCGAGCUGCACUGUUACAAACAAGGUCCUCACGGCUGUCCUCAUUGGCGUCUGUGGGAUAAUGUGCCUCAUCUCCUCAUUCUCCGAUAGUUACAAGGGCUCUGAUGGAUCAACCCACUAUGGACUUGCAACCUUCACAGGCAUGUGGCCGAGCUCUUCCUCGAGCUCAUCUACCUCGUCAGACUCAUCUAAUACAAGCCUUUCCUCAUACCGGCUCCGGUUCAGGGACUUUGUCCAUGCAUUCAUGGCAGUUAUUAUAUUUGUGGUCCUAUCAAUGUUGGACACCAACACGGUGAAGUGUUUCUAUCCAUCUUUCCUGUCCACAAAGAAGACCAUAAUCACGGUCUUGCCCAUGGUGAUUGGCUCAGUCUCGAGCACAGUGUUCAUGUUGUUCCCGAGCAACCGCAAUGGGGUCGGUUCGCCUAGUUCCAGUUCAAGCACUACUGAGACUUCCUCUGGAAAAUCAGCCUCAUCAGCCUGAAAUCGUUGGAUGCAUGUAGGUGUGAAGUGCAUGCAUGCAGUUACCCAACAUGGAUGGACGUCGGAUAUGAUAAUGAUUUCCUUUUUGUUUAAAAUCCAAUAAUAAUAUGUUGUGUGAGAUUUAAGUAAUCUGUUUUGUUUAAAAGAUUUAUAUAAUAAGAUGUACAUCAGUAUAUACAAUAAGUCAUGUAUAUAUAUUUCAAGCAUUAGUUGCUUGCCUA